AUGGAAGCACUCACAUCAGGCAUGCCAGUGGUGGCUUUCCCUCAAUGGGGUGAUCAAGUAACUAAUGCGAAAUAUUUGGUCGACAUCCUUAAGGUUGGUGUGAGAAUGUGCCGCGGAGAAGCAGAGAACAGACUGAUUACUCGUGAUGAGAUAGAGAAAUGCUUGUUGGAGGCCACAGUGGGACCUAAGGCAGUGGAAAUGAAGCAGAAUGCAAUGAAAUGGAAGGAGGCAGCCGAGGCAGCAGUGGCUGAGGGGGGAUCCUCCGACUGGAAUAUACGAUAUUUUACUGAUUAUAUUGUAAAAGCGAAUGAGUCUGAGAUUGCUAGAAAGUGCAAUGGUUCUAAUGGGUUUCCAGUGUCGGUAGUGGUGAAGUCCACCGAGAAAGUGGCUGAACUGAUAGAUGUCCAAUUACCAUGCAUGCCUCUCCUAAAACAUGAUGAAGUGCCUAGUUUCUUAUAUCCUACAACUCGUUGUCCUUUAUUGAGGAGGACUAUUUUAGGUCAGUACAAAAAUCUUGACAAGCCAUUUUGCAUCCUGAUGGAAACAUUCGAAGAGCUUGAACCAGAUCUUAUCAAGCACAUGUCCGAAAUCUUCCCCAUCAAGGCCGUUGGGCCACUAUUCAGAAAUCCCAAGGCACCAAAGACAACGGUCCAUGGAGACUUGAUGAAGGCAGAUGAUUGCAUCGAAUGGCUUGACACAAAGCCACCCUCAUCAGUUGUUUAUGUGUCUUUCGGUAGUGUCGUGCAAUUGAAGCAGGAGCAAUGGAACGAAAUCGCUUAUGGGUUAUUGAAUUCGGGUAUCUCCUUCUUGUUAGUAAUGAAGCUCAAACCAGCCCACAAAGAUGCAGGACAUGACCUCCUUGUUCUGCCAGAUGGGUUCUUGGAGAAAGCAGGAGACAGGACAAAAGUGGUGCAAUGGAGUCCUCAAGAGAAGGUUUUAGCUCACCCAUCAGUUGCGUGCUUUGUAACACAUUGUGGGUGGAACUCUUCUAUGGAAGCACUCACAUCAGGAAUGCCAGUGGUGGCUUUCCCUCAAUGGGGUGAUCAAGUAACUAAUGCAAAAUAUUUGGUCGGUGUCUUUAAGGUUGGUGUGAGAAUGUGCCGCGGAGAAGCAGAGAACAGACUGAUUACUCGUGAUGAGAUAGAGAAAUGCUUGUUGGAGGCCACAGUGGGACCUAAGGCAGUGGAAAUGAAGCAGAAUGCAAUGAAAUGGAAGGAGGCAGCCGAGGCAGCAGUGGCUGAGGGUGGUUCGUCCGACUGGAAUAUACGAUAUUUUACUGACGAUAUUGUAAAAGCGAAUGAGUCUGGGAUUGCUAGAAAGUGCAUUGGUUCUAAUGAGUUUCCAGUGUCGGUAGUGGUGAGGUCCACCGAGAAAGUGGCUGAACUGACGGGGUCAUCGCCCAUCGGCAUGAGGAGAUUUGCUAUAGAUGCCGUGAACAUGGAACGGGUUUAAUCCGGUGUUCGUACGAUGAAAUUACUCUUGUUAUGUAGCUGUCUACUUUUUACUUCCUUUAAGUAGCUAUUAAUAAUAUACCGCAAAGGCCAAAUGCCAUAUAAAGGCCAUUAUGUAUGGUUGUUAUCGAAUUUAUGUACUCUCCUAUCUAUAAUUUCCUAAAAUCUUAUUGGUUUGAAUUGCUUGGAGUGGCUGUUGAAAAUUAAAAUUGUUGUAAUA